UCCAAUCACCAAUUCCUUCAGCAAAAGCAGCCUCUGCAUUUUUUUGUCUGUCUGAAUGCUACAGCAGCACUGGGGGGGGAAACAAGAUUGAGGAUAAGGGCAACAAAAAACUGAAGAAAUGUGACAAUUCAACGGUCAUUUUCAUGGCGAAGGGAAAACUGGUGCGAAAGGAGUUAUUCUGGGACUCCUUCGAGCCUCGAAACGCUGGAUCAAAAUGCUCAUAGUGGAGAAGACCACAGACUUCCCCUCUGCUGAGUUCUCCCUGGUGGAGGAUGUGGCUCUGCACUUCACCUGUUUGAUGGACAGGCUGAACGAGCAGCGCCUCUUCCAGCCUGACCUGUGCGACGUCGACAUCGUUCUGGUGCGUCAGCACGGCACCUUUCCGGCCCACAAGGGUGUGCUGGCGGCCUACAGCCCUUUCUUCCACUCCCUUUUUGCACAAAGCAAACAGCUGCGGCGGGUGGACCUGUCGCUGGACGCCCUGACCUCACAGGGCCUGCAGCAAAUCCUCAACUUCAUCUACACCUCCAAACUGCUGGUGAGCAGCCACACUGUGCGCGACGUGCUCAACGCCGCAACCCUGCUUCAGAUGAGUGACAUCGCGGCCUCCUGUCGCGACCUCAUCAGCAGCCAUUCGCUGAGAACCACCUGCUCAGAUAUGGCCAAUCAGGAAGGGCUCUGUGGCGGUGACCCAGAUGCUGUAGUGAUGCCCUCCAGCCAGCUGUACCCGGAGAUCAAGCAGGAGUCCGAGAUCGGGAGGGUGUACAAGAGGGAAGGCAGCAGCCCGUUCUCUGUUAGGGUGGAGGAGGCAGGCAAGAAGCAGUAUUACCAGAAGGAGGACGGGCCCGGGGGCGGGGCGAGCACCGGGGCGGCCGGUUUGUGCAAAGUCGAGAGCAACGGAGAGGAGUCAAAGACCGUGGACGGCCACGCCUUCCUGAACAGAGACCAGAUCAUUGUUGAAGUCAACCUCAACAACCAGACCCUGAACGUGUCAAAGGGGUCGGAGAGCAAGUCGGCAUGCAUCACAGAGGCCACCAUGUUCAGUUGUUGCCACGACAAUGAGAGAGACUCAGAAGACGACGAGGAGAACGAGGCGGAGAACGACGACACACUUGGAGAAGAGGACGACGAUGACCUGAAGAGGGGGGACAUACUGGGGCAGAGCAGCGAGGAGGAAGAUGAGGAAGAAGAUGAGGAAGAGGAGGAGAACACCCUAAACAUUCCAGGCUUGGAGCAGCCGGCCAUGAUGGAUCGACCUCGCCGGGGCACCAGAGCCUUUGCCAUGGCGUGUACAACCGCCUCCAUGCGGCAGACACUCACAGAGGCCACGCUGGCCAACCAGCGGCAGGGCGGGAAGAGGAUGCUGGAAGGAGAGGGCCUCGGCCAGAAGGUGAGGCUGGAGGAGAAGCAACAUUUCCCGUGUAAGAAAUGCCCUCGCGUCUUCAACAACCGCUGGUACCUGGAAAAACACAUGAAUGUCACUCACAACCGCAUGCAGAUCUGCAACAACUGUGGGAAACGCUUCCUGCUGGAGAGCGAGCUGCUGCUGCACCAACAGACCGACUGUGAGAAGAGCAUCCAGUGUGUAACAUGUGGCAAGGCCUUCAAAAAGCUGUGGUCGUUACACGAGCACAACAAGAUCGUCCACGGCUACGCCGAGAAGAAGUUCUCCUGCGAGAUCUGUGAGAAGAAGUUUUACACCAUGGCCCACGUGAGGAAGCACAUGGUCGCUCAUACGAAGGACAUGCCGUUCACCUGUGAGACGUGCGGGAAGUCGUUCAAGCGCAGCAUGUCCCUGAAGGUUCACUCUCUGCAGCACUCAGGAGAGAAACCCUUCAAGUGUGAGAACUGCAGUGAGCGCUUCCAGUACAAAUACCAGCUGCGCUCCCACAUGAGCAUCCACAUCGGACACAAGCAGUUCAUGUGCCAGUGGUGCGGAAAGGACUUCAACAUGAAACAGUACUUUGACGAACACAUGAAGACACACACUGGAGAGAAGCCGUACAUCUGUGAGAUCUGUGGGAAGAGCUUCACGAGCCGGCCCAACAUGAAGCGCCACCGCCGCACCCACACCGGGGAGAAGCCCUACCCCUGCGAGGUGUGCGGCCAGCGCUUCCGCUUCUCCAACAUGCUCAAGGCCCACAGGGAGAAGUGCUUCCGCGUCAGCAACCCCAUGGUUAGCGACGGCAACGACCCCCUCGGCCUCCGUCAGCCUCUGGCUUCGCCCGCCGUGGACUCUUCCGGUCAGGCGCGGCUGGGGACGGCGCUCCCCGCCACAUCUGCGACCACACCCGCUGCUGCCUCUAGCCCACACCCUAUCCAUGGCACCCAGCUGUCCCUCCCCCUGCUGCACUCCAUGGGGGUGGUGCCUCCCACCACGCAUUUACCCCCACCGCCUCCCCUGUUCUCUGCCGGUAGGAUGAACUCCAACUAACAAAUCUCUGUAGCAUCAAAAGCACUUUUGUUACUUUCCUUUUUCUUAGAGCUUUUGAGAGGACUCCUGCAGCGGGAGAGUGAUGCACCCCGGUGACAUUUACACUGAGGGGGGGGGGGGGGGGAAACUGACUGAAGGCUUCAUGGAGGCCAAAUAAAAAACACACACAUACACCUACCACAAUAAGAAAUAGUUAUUUUUUACUCUGUUAAAUACAAUAGAUAACCUCAGAGUCCAGUAGGACGUGUUGUCACCUCGCUUCUCCUCAUCAAGUUCAACUCUGUUCUGGUUUCAUUUGGGUUUUUCCACCACCACACACACACACACACACACACCUCUCCAGAGCCUUGCACAAUGCGUUGAUUGUAGCAUCUUUUACAAAGUGAGAGGAAGAGUUUCCUGAAUCCUCUCUCAUACGGGGGGAUCAUCAGUCGAGCGAGAACCACACUAUGAUGAGAAUUUUUCUUUUUUAAAUCGUUCUCUGCCAAGAUGUAGCAAGUGGUUCUGGUCCAACCCGGCAAUAACCAAAUGCUGAUUUGUCUCUGAGCAUAUACAUGUAUGGCAUUGCCAAUAACCAAAUCCUGUUAGCUCACCUGCUAUAGUUAGAUAAUGUUAUACAGCAUUUAUAAUCGAUCCUGCACCUUACAUUUAACUCUAGUGAUAUUUAACAUGUACUCCUAAUUGUCUCCAUUUUUAUAAUUGUGAUCGUGUGUAAUUCGUGGCCCGUUGCAUCGAUUUGCAAGGAAGCGAGAGAAGUUGUGAUGCGUGGAGAGUCGGCCGUACAAAGCAGUGUGUGGUGUUUGUGACGGUGUGUGUGUGACUGUGUGUGUGUGUGUGUGUGUGUGUGUGAGAGAUGUGAGGCAGAGUCGUGAGAUGAGGAUCUUCAGAUCUACAUUCAGUUAAUCAACACUUGAGCUUCCCCGAAAGUCAGGAGACGGAGUAAUUUGUUUGACUCUCAUCUUUUGCUUACAUUAAGCAAGCGCGCUCCUCUCCUGCAGAUCUGGCUCUGAGACGAUAUCGCACUUUUCUGUGACUUGUUAGUAAAAACCUAAUGUACUCGGACCUACAUUAUAUUUGUAGGUUUAAAAUCUAAUGUUAAUUGUAACUUACAUUUCCCAACUAAACCCAAUAUAUGUACUUAGUUUGCAGAAUACCAAGAGUGUAGGGAUAAUAAUAUUCAAAUGAACCUGAUUAGCUCAUUAAGUGUGCACAUUUUCAUCAUGAUGUAAAUUGUGAAAGUGAGUACUUUUGGCACAGAGCGCAUCACUAAAAGGGCUCCUUAUGAUUCCAUCACUAUUAUAAACUAGUCAAUUUCUUGAGAGAGUGAUUUGUAGAAGUUGAUCUAAGUUAGGGACAUGCGGUAUGUAAUACCCCUCAAGCAUUUGUGGCUCUACGUGCACUUUUGACAAUUUCCUUUUGUCAUAAACCCGAUUUGGAGUCGAACUGAAAGAAUGGAGUCCUUGUCAGUAAAAAGUUCUUCUCUUUAAACAAUAGUUUGAUACUUUGGAAGAUGCGCUUAUUUGCUUUCUUGCAAGAGUAAGAUGAGAAGAUUGACACCAAGUAAAAUAUAAAGCUACAGCUAGCAACUUGUUAGCUAGCUUAGCUUAGCACAAAGACUGGAAACAGCUAGCCUGGUUCUGUCUGAAGGUUAAACAAAAAACAAAUCCACCUACCAGCACACAAAGCUCACUAACUAACACGUCAAAUCUUUUGUUUCCUCCGUACACAAACUGAAAUGUGAAAAGCUUUGGGAGUUAAAAUGCAGUGUUUAGUUUUUUUUUAGCUAGCAAGGCUCUGCAACCUGUGAAAUCACAAAUAGUCUUUUUUACACUUCCAGGUUAGCUGUUUCCAGUCUUUAUGCUAAGCUAAGCUAAGCUAACCGGCUGCUGGCCGUAGCUUCAUAUUUAUCCUAGACAUAUGAGCGGUAUCUUUUCAGCUAACGCCGCAAGAAACCAAAUAAGCAUACUUUCCAAAAUGUCAAAAAUAUUCCUUUUUAAUCUGACAUUUCAAUCAAUUAAUUAUCCAAAAAGAGUCUCUGUGCACUAUCGAUGCACUCCCGCUCACUUUAUCUAUAGAUAGCCUACCUGUAGUGUAAAUAUUGUUAAGAAGUGUUUCUUCCUCGUGAUUAAUUCCUCAUGUUUACAUUUGGAGAGUCAUUUUGAAUGUGCCCCCACGUGCGUCUUGGCUGGUACUACCGAAAGUUGGAAUUUGUGGAUAAGCUUUUGUAAAUGUAAUAAGCUGUUCAUUGUUUUAUUUAAAAAACAAAUUGAAGCACCUUUUGUAGACUUUACGUCUGAGCUCACCCCAGUUCAUUUAUUUCCUAAACUACCAUGGUUACAUGGUAAGGGCCACGUCAGAUGUUAUUUGAAAAUGGUACUUUUUAUUUUGUUUCUUCAUGUGUCCAACACAUGUUUUGUACUUUGAUUUGCUGCUUUUGUACAGGGUCCAGUUUGAGACUGCCCUUUAAAUGAAAAGCCUAGAGCUGUUAAAUUGUUCAAUAUAUUCUGGCUGUGAUAACUCCAAUUUAGCCUUACGAGACCGAGAGCUCCGGGGUCAGAAAUGAGCUACAAUUACAGUUUGAUGCCAACAUUUUAUACCAAUCCAAGGAUUAAUCUAGUCGUUGGUAGAUGAGGCUUCUGAUUGUUGACAGAGAGAGGACUGGAGGCGACGUUGCAUAAACAUAAAGGACUGUUGCUCUCUUGUGGUAUCUUAGUAAACUGCACUAAGCGAUGGAAAGAGAGAAAGCCUCCCUUAAGAGUAUCAUUCAUAGUGUUUCUCUAGUUAUCAUGGGAUCCUAAGAAAAGGAAAUGUUCUUACCAAGUGUUUCCCCGCUUCACUGUUUUUGAAAGGCACUAGCCCAAAAGACAAUUCUGAAUACUGUGGUUCUAAUGUGUGUUCGCCUUAUACUCGGAGGGAUUUGAAUGUUUUUGUGUUAUGGAUGAUGAUCGUAGCUGAAGGUAAAGGAGGAGGGAUAGUAGUUGGUACUACUGAUUUAUGCACUUUGAAUUUGAUUGCCACGCUAGCCCAUAAUGGCCAACAUGUAAGCAGAUUAAAAACAAACAUUUCCACACAGCCGGCUAAAACCGAAGGCAUACAAUUUACAUUUAAAUGUACCGUGUGAAUAUUGAUGCUCAUAAAUAAUUAACAAAAUCUACAAAUUACAGUCAAUUUCUUUGUUUUAUUUGUUCAAAUUCGGCUCAGAGUUUGUGGUUUGUAUCUUAACUGGUGUCUGUGUUUCAGCCUGUUUGACACUGUGCCGCUCUUUUAUCUUUAAAAGUAUUAGGACUCCUCCCUGAGGGUGUAGACGGUACCGCUAUGGCUGUUUCUGAUUGGCUUGUUCUCCGAUCACUACCAGAAUUAAGGGAAAUUAGUUUUUAGCUCUUACCAAUUUCCUCCUAUUGAAGGUGCUUUAAUAUAUUUCAUGCUAUGUGGAAAUGUAAAGGAAGUUGUAAGUUGCCAAAUUCAGUAACGAGAAAUAAAUCAAUUAUUGUGAGCACUUUAAACUCCAGUUCAGCGAGUGCGCUUUGAAGGCUGAAACAGUAGCAGUUAUAUGAAUCUGCUGAUGGCAGGUGUGUUUGUUUUAUUUCCACAAGGAUUAUAGGAAAAUUUAAAAAAUGCAGUCUCUGCCAGAAAUGUGUCCUUGGCAGAUGUUGCAUCCUCUUUUAUUGAGACCAAAGGGACGUCAGAACUGUUUGCUCAGACCGUGCAAAAAAUAAGUCUGCGCUACCGGCUUGGAAUCAGAUUGAAAUACAAUAGAAUCUAUUUCAUGCAAAUGUAUCCAAGUAUUUGGCAAAUAGCAAAAGAAAAGUCCUUUUUAAAACAUGUUUUUUAUAAUUAGUUCUCCCCAUUUUACACAUUUAUUACAUAUAUUGUUCACGACACCGCGUUCGGAAGAAAUGUGAAAUUCUAAAUCCAGCCCAGAAAGCAGAAUUUAAACACUAAUCCUAUGUCUUGGAUUAUUUUAGAAGUCUUCCCCAAAUCCAGCUACAAACAAGACAAAACCUGAGACAUCAUCGAAUCCAACACUUAAUCGAGCUGUGCGUUAUCUAUGAGCCCUGACGUCUCCCAAAACAUAACACAGAAUAUAACAAUCUUUAGGUUAGGCGUACGUUUUUUCUUUUUAAAGGUAAAUUGCAGUAAAACUGAGAUUCUAGAAACUGAGAAGGGAAAUUUUGCACAGUAUUCCAGGCAAGUAGACUUUAUGUUUUUUCAUUAGCCAAACUCUCCUUUACUAAGGCUAGCAGCCAAAGGCUUGUGUUAGAUUAGGCAAAAGUGGACAUGCCCUUGUCCUUAAAUGAGGGGUUGUCAGUAAUUAAGUGGGUGCCUAUACAUCACAGUGUUUUCCCGUCAUGAAGCAUUGAGCAUGGCAGUUGGUACAAAGUGCUCAUGGGAUUGCCAAAUUGGGUCUCUCCCGGGGACUUGUAUUUUGGGGGUUAAGCUGCUAGAGCAGAAGUGUGUAUCCAAAAGGAUUUGAUUCUGUGGCCUUCAGCGUCAAGAAAAGUUUUGGGAAUAUUGCUGUUUUAUUUUAGUAUCUAUCGGGAUACUAAAGUUCCAUGACACUAUUUGAGAGAAAGCAGUGUGUGUGUGUGUGUGUACGAAAGAAUUUCAAGAAUUGUGUUUUUGUUUUUUUUCUGAAGAGUGGAUGAGCAUUUUACCCAUAGGCUAUAUCGGGUGCAAAUUUAUGGAGCCCCAAAACCGACGAAAGGUUACCACACGAGUCAAAGAUAUAACGGAAUACAUCAGAAAAGAAUAUUGCUUGUUAAAUGAUUCAAAUGGAUUUAAUUGUUUUGGGUAAUUCUUUAAAGAAUGGUUCCAGCGGCUCAAAUGUGAAUAUUUUCUAUUUUCCUUAAUCAGCUUUGAUAUUAAAGUGAAUAUCUUUUGAAUUUGAAUUGUUGAUCUAGACAUUUGAAGAUUUUAUUAAUUUGUUUUAGGAAAUGUAUGAUGGGCUUUUUAAUUUUUUGACCAUUUUCUUACAUUAUGCAGAAUUUUUUUAAAUAAUCGUUUGUUGCAGUCCUAGUACAAAUUAUAUUUUAGCUUUAACGAGGCUUUAACAAAAGAAUAACCCACAAUUAAAAAAAGUCUGACACAUACUCAUCGCUAGACUUGCACUUGCAGCUAAUUAGCGAUAUGAGCUAGCUAACACCAAUUAGCCUUAACUAGCUAACUUUGUUUUUGUUAGCUUGCGGGCUAAAAUGCUCUAGCUACCGUUACAAGAGUUUUUUACACUCAGUUUUAACUGACAGUAUUAUUUAUUAAUGUGUUACGUUGUUGUUGACUCCUCUGAUAAUCUUUCAGGCUACUACAUUUGAAAGUUUGGUUGUUUUAAUAAGUUUAUUUAAUGGUGAGCAAAGAUAUGAUAACCAUGGACACAAUGCCAUAGUCAAUUCAAAGAUGUAUUAUCCACAUACCCUCUACAUUUCCCAUACUUACUCAUACUGCAGCUGUGUUAAAUCAUAAUGUGUACUGUUAUUUGCUGAUUAUCUACUUUAUAAUGUAAACACUAUGUCUUAGUUAACUCUGGUGUACAAAGACCAUGUGUAGGCAGUAGUUGUUCAGCUAUAUUAAAAUACUAAAAGCCGUACAAGGACAAUAGUGUCUAGAGGUGCUAAUAACAUUAGACUGUAUUUUCUGUCUUUUAUUGUAUUAUUGACUAGUGUUUACUGUCUGUAACACAGCAGAGCGUAAUUAAAUCAUUUAAAUAUUAAACAAUAUAGAUAUAUUAUUGCAAACGGA